ACUUUCUUACUAACAACAAUGCUGAUUGGAUCCAGCAUGAUCCAGUGUAGUAGUGUAACCUACGACAAGAAAGCUAUCGUCAUCAAUGGCCACCGCAAAAUCCUCCUCAGCGGUUCUAUUCACUACCCAAGAAGCACUCCUGAGAUGUGGGAAGAUCUUAUAAAGAAAGCUAAAGAUGGUGGCUUGGAUGUUAUUGAUACUUAUGUUUUCUGGAAUGGUCAUGAACCUUCUCCUGGAACUUACAAUUUCGAAGGCAGAUAUGAUUUGGUAAGAUUCAUUAAGACAAUUCAGGAAGUGGGUCUUUAUGUUCAUCUCAGAAUUGGUCCUUAUGUUUGUGCAGAAUGGAAUUUUGGAGGGUUUCCUGUGUGGUUGAAGUAUGUAGAUGGGAUUAGUUUCAGAACUGACAAUGGACCUUUCAAGGCUGCAAUGCAAGGAUUCACAGAGAAGAUUGUUCAGAUGAUGAAGGAACAUAGAUUCUUUGCGUCACAAGGUGGACCCAUUAUUUUGUCUCAGAUUGAGAAUGAGUUUGAACCAGAGCUUAAAGGGCUUGGACCGGCUGGUCACUCGUAUGUCAAUUGGGCUGCGAAAAUGGCGGUCGGUUUAAACACUGGAGUACCGUGGGUGAUGUGCAAGGAAGAUGAUGCACCUGACCCAAUUAUAAACACUUGCAACGGAUUUUACUGCGAUUAUUUUACUCCUAAUAAACCAUAUAAGCCAACUAUGUGGACAGAGGCAUGGAGUGGCUGGUUCACAGAGUUUGGUGGAACCAUUCCAAAACGACCUGUUGAGGAUCUAGCAUUUGGAGUAGCCCGUUUCAUUCAAAAGGGCGGAUCGUAUAUAAACUACUACAUGUACCAUGGAGGAACAAACUUUGGACGCACAGCAGGAGGUCCAUUUAUCACCACUAGUUAUGACUAUGAUGCUCCCAUCGACGAAUACGGGUUGGUCCAAGAGCCCAAGUACAGUCAUCUUAAGCAGCUUCAUCAGGCAAUUAAGCAAUGUGAAGCUGCCUUAGUUUCUUCUGAUCCACAUGUUACUAAACUAGGAAACUACGAGGAUGCUCAUGUGUUCACUGCUGGCAAAGGAAGUUGUGUAGCUUUCCUAACGAACUAUCACAUGAAUGCACCUGCAAAAGUAGUGUUCAAUAACCGACACUUUACUCUACCUGCUUGGUCCAUCAGCAUUCUUCCAGAUUGUAGAAAUGUUGUUUUCAACACUGCGACGGUUGCUGCAAAGACAUCACAAGUGCAAAUGGUGCCAUCUGGUUCCAUAUUGUACUCGGUUGCUAGAUACGAUGAAGAUAUUGCUACUUAUGGAGACCGUGGGACAAUCACAGUCCGUGGAUUGUUGGAGCAGGUUAAUGUUACACGAGAUACAACUGAUUACCUGUGGUACACAACCAGUGUGGAUAUUAAGGCGUCAGAAUCAUUCUUGCGUGGAGGAAAAUGGCCGACUCUUACGGUGGAUUCUGCAGGGCAUGCUGUUCAUGUGUUUGUCAAUGGACAUUUUUACGGAUCUGCCUUUGGGACAAGAGAAAACAGAAAGUUUUCAUUUAGCUCCCAAGUCCAUCUACGAGGUGGAGCUAACAGAAUCGCACUACUGAGCGUAGCAGUUGGGUUGCCGAAUGUUGGACCACAUUUUGAGACGUGGGCCACAGGAAUCGUCGGGUCUGUGGUGCUUCACGGCCUUGACGAGGGUAACAAAGACUUGAGUUGGCAGAAAUGGACAUAUCAGGCUGGUCUGCGAGGGGAAGCAAUGAAAUUGGUCUCUCCUACUGAAGAUUCCUCUGUUGAUUGGAUCAAAGGCUCAUUGGCUAAGCAAAACAAACAACCUUUGACAUGGUACAAGGCCUACUUUGACGCACCUAGAGGGAACGAGCCGCUGGCUUUGGAUCUGAAGAGUAUGGGGAAAGGUCAAGCUUGGAUAAACGGGCAAAGCGUAGGGAGGUACUGGAUGGCAUUUGCCAAAGGAAACUGCGGAAGUUGUAACUACGCUGGAACAUACAGGCAAAACAAAUGCCAAUCUGGUUGUGGCGAGCCGACACAAAGAUGGUAUCAUGUUCCGCGUUCGUGGUUGAAGCCAAAAGGAAACUUGUUAGUACUAUUUGAAGAACUUGGUGGAGAUAUAUCCAAAGUCUCUGUUGUGAAGAGAUCAGUAAACUAACUAAAACAACUCAAUACAUUGUGUGUGCAUUA